UCAGAAGUAGAGUAAGGCGGGUCAUGCCUUCGACAUCACCACUCGCUUACGGUUGGUUCGGUUGCUACUAGUCGGCUAACUUGCUAAAAAAGUAAACAAGUCUGCCGAAUGAGAUGAAAUACAACCGCAGAACGAAGUAGAUUUUCAACUAUGAAGGAAGACAAGGAAAAUGCUCGACCUAGGGAGCGAAAACUGGAAAUAAAGUAUGAAGAUGGAGAAAAGAUGGAGAAGUCCAAAGAAAAGAAAGAGGCCAUGACAAAGAUCGUAAUCCGACGUUUACCACCAAGUUUGACCAAGGAAGAGCUGGAGGAGCAUUUACAACCUCUCCCAGAGCUGGACUACCUGGAGUUUUUCUCCAACGACACCAGCCUUUACCCUCACCUCUUCGCAAGGGCUUACAUCAAUUUCAAAAAUCAAGAGGAUAUAGUUCUCUUCAGAGAUCGAUUUGAUGGCUAUGUGUUCAUUGACAGCAGAGGACAGGAGUAUGCUGCCAUUGUUGAGUUUGCACCUUUUCAAAAGACUGCCAAGAAAAGAAGUAAGAAAAAGGAUGCAAAAUGUGGAACAAUAACUGAAGAUCCUGAUUACAAGAAGUUUCUUGAAAUCUACAACGGCGAUGACGACAAGUUGGCAUCAACACCUGAGACCCUGUUGGAAGAGAUUGAGGCAAAAUCAAAGGAACUUGUAGCUAAAAAAACAACUCCUCUGCUGGACUUCCUGAAAAAUAAACAGAGAAUUAGGGAGGAGAAGAAAGAAGAAAGAAGAAGGAGGGAGCUUGAACGCAAGCGUCUGCGUGAUGAAGAGCGUCGCAAGUGGAGAGAGGAUGACAGAAGGAAGCGCAAAGAGGCAGAGAAGAUAAAGAGAAUUGAGAAACCGCUGGAGAAAGACAAGGACCUCGUAAAAGAAGAACCAAAAAUUAAGCUCCUAAAGAAGCCAGACAGAGGGGAUGAUGCUGAUUCUGAGAAGCCCAAGGAAAAAGCCAAGAAACCAGAUAGGCCAAAUAAAGAGGACAGAUCCAUAGGGAGUGCUGAUCAUAAGAGGCGUCCGCACAUGGAACAUAAAGAGGAUCGAGGAAGGAAAGUUGACGAAGACGGGAGGAAGGAGUUCAGGGAGCGAGACCCAGAUCGAGACAGAGAGCGUGAUCGAGAGCGGGAGAAGGAGCGGCGGCAGAAAGAGAAGGAGCGAAUCAGGCGACAGGACGAAGAUCGUCGGAGAAGGAGAGAACGUCAGGAUGGAGAGAACUCUUACAGGAAGAAGGAGGAGGAGGUCAAAAAAGAUAAAGAGCGUGCCUUGGAGAAGAAAAAGGGUGAACACAUUGGAGACUCUGGUCACUCUGAGAGGCCGGAGAGGCCUGCCAAAGACCACAAGAAGGAAGACAGUGGUAAAAGAGAGCGACUCCGAAAUAAGGACCGGCCUGCGAUUCAGCUGUACCAGCCAGGGGCCAGAAGCCGGAAUCGGAGGGGUGGAGGAGGAGCCGAAUCCAUCUCUGCUGACAGAAAGCCAGAUACUGUGACCGAGACAGAGAAAGUGUCUGACAAAGUAGACGAUUGAGCAGAUUUCUACUUAUGGCAUCUUAAGUUUGGUGAGGAGAGGGGAGACAGCCCUGUGAGGCUCAGAUCAGCAAUGUGGCGCCUCAGGGCAACAUGCACUGCAGUUUAAGCAGGGCUGCAUCCGGCUCUCCCAGUCUGGGAAGAAGAGAUGUGAUUGGAGAGUCUCUUAGUGCCUAAAUGUGACCCUGUUUAGUUUAAUUUUUUAAGAAAAGCAACCGCAUCCUUGGAACGAGUUUGGCUGUAGGGCACAUUAGAAAAAGCCAAAGCUUUCAUGAACUCAAAGUGACCUUAUUUCAGUAUUAUUUCUCUGAUAUAAAACUUUGGUUUUCAACAUAAUCCAUAUCAAAGUUGUUAACUAUCUAUUUACUCUACAUGUGAUAUUGCCAAGCUCAUCAAUAUUGUUUCAACACUGUCUUGAAUGAGAUUUCUGUUGUAGCAUCGACAUGCAGUUUGAAUGGAAUACAUGGAAUUUACGUAUUCUGCCGGGGGAGCUAGACAAUCCAAACGUAUGUUCAGCUUUUAAUAAAAGUUUUCAUGGUCUGUAACUG